AUGGCGUUGGGAAACUGGAUCGAUUUCAAGAUAUUUGAAUUGGAUUUAGAGGAACCCUUAUUCACUCUGAAGCCAGACGAGAUCACGACAAUUAAGAAGACAUUCGAUAUAUACGAUUUUCAACAAAUUGGCAGCAUCGAGGUAAGAAAGAUGAGGCUGGCCAUGCUUCGUUUGGACAUAGAGCCAGACACUGAUGAAAUCCAAAACCUGAUGAAGGUUUUUGAUAAGAGUAACUCUGGUCGCGUAACAUUGAAUACAUUCAUGCUAUUCAUUUGUGCCAAAAUGGCUGAAGAGAAUUUUGGAUAUGAUUUCGUCGGUGGCCUUUUCGAUUUGUGUAGUGGCAAAAUGUCAUUGGACAAUUGCAAACAUGCUGUCAAAGAGAUGUUUUUGACCAUAAGCGACGAGGAAUUACAAGACAUGAUUCAAGUGGCGAAGAAAGAGGACAAAUAG